AUGUGCUGGCGCCGGUAAACAUACUCAGCUUGCGAACGCGCAAACUGUCAGUGUUCUCUGUCCACUCUGGGCUGUUAGCGUGUGCGAAUGUGUCAUGUGGAAAUAAAAACGUGUAUAUGUGGUGCGUGUAAAUUAUUUGGUGGGGUUUUAGUAAUUUUAGAUAAUAGAAGCAUUUUUUUAAAUUUACAAUAAAACUUUUUUGUAAUAUAGUUAUUUUUGAAGGAAACUGUGAUAUAAUUGUAGAAAAUGGACGAUAAUACAGAAGCUCAAGCGCAGGCGCACAAUCUGCUGGGGCAGAAAUCUCCGAAACAACCAAAGGUUGUGGAUAACGCAUUGACUAGGACUUUGCGGUCAUGGUGCUUCAUCCCUCAACGAUACAUACUCGGGGUGAUGGGGCUUCUCGGAGUCUGCAACGCCUACACUAUGAGGGUGUGCUUGAACUUGGCUAUCACUCAGAUGGUGAUCCCAAUCCACAGCAACGAUUCAGACUCUUCUCAUAAUAACACUGAACUUAUAUGCGAAAGCGACCCGAUUCCUGCCAACACUACUGUCACUAUUAGUCCAUACGCAACACAAACCUGGGACCAGGCCACUCAGGGGCUAAUCCUCAGUGGUUUCUACUACGGCUAUGCAGCCACUCAAGUCCCCGGAGGCUACCUGGCCGAGAAGUGGGGCGGCAAGUGGACCUUGGGCGUGGGUCUACUGAGCACAGCUCUGUUCACAUUCCUUACUCCGUGGGUCAUCCGUCUGGGUAACGGAGGCUGGGGUGGGCUGUUCGCUCUUCGUGUUCUUCAAGGAAUGGGAGAGGGUCCCACGAUGCCAGCUCUCAUGAUAAUGCUGGCCAGAUGGGUGCCACCACACGAGCGCUCGUUCCAAGGCGCCCUCGUCUUCGGCGGUGCCCAGAUUGGCAACAUCUUCGGCUCAUUUAUGUCCGGCAUUCUAUUGUCUGACGGCCAAGACUGGGCCAACGUCUUCUAUUUCUUCGGCGGCUUUGGUCUGCUAUGGUUUGCUUUGUGGAGUUUAUUCUGCUAUAGCACACCGAACACACAUCCCUUUAUCUCAAAGAAGGAGCUCAGCUACCUGAACGCCAACGUGACAACGGCCGACCACAAGGCCGCCAAGGACCCGGUGCCAUGGAAGGCUAUAUUGAGAUCGUGGCCCGUGUGGGCGUUAGUUUGUGCCGCUGUGGGCCACGACUGGGGCUACUACACUAUGGUCUCAGACUUACCAAAGUACUCUCACGACGUCCUCAAAUACAACAUCGCGACCACCGGUUGGCUAACCGCCCUGCCCUACGCCGCUAUGUGGAUCAGCUCCUUUAUCUUCGGAUUUGUGUGUGACCUGUGCAUUAAAAAGGGAUGGCAUACGAUCAAAACUGGAAGGAUCAUCCAUACCACUAUAGCUGCAACGGGCCCUGCGAUAUGCAUCGUUCUCGCAUCGUACGCAGGCUGUGACCGGGAUCUGGCCAUGGCGUAUUUUGUUCUCUCCAUGGCUCUGAUGGGAGGAUUCUACAGCGGAAUGAAGGUGAACGCGCUAGACUUGGCGCCGAACUAUGCUGGCACGCUGACGUCUCUGGUCAACACCACGUCCACCUUCGCCGGGAUCGCCACUCCCUUCCUAAUCGGACUGUUAACCCCUAAUUCAACUCUAAGCGAGUGGCGCGUCGCCUUCUGGGUGUGCUUCGCCGUGCUAGUCGGCACCAACGUAGUGUACUGCAUAUGGGCGGACGGCAAGCAGCAAUGGUGGGAUGACGUGCGGCAGUUCGGGUACCCGCCGAACUGGAACCACGGCCCGCUUGUCAGAGACACCGUGCCUGAUCAGGAAGCCGUUAUGACGAAAAUGACCAGCAAGAGUGGCGACGAUGAAGUUUAUUAAACGUUUACUCGUUUGUGGAAAAAUUUAACAUCAUUAUAAUUUACUUUAUGAGAUCUGUCUUCAAUAUGGCGAAUGGGAAUACCCUUUGUUGUGGGCCUUAUUGAGUUCAGAGUAGGUAUAAUAGACAUUUUAAAAAGGUGUAUAGCAUAAUAUCUACUCCUGAGUCUUGUUUUUUACGAGUCUCUUUAUCUAUAUGAAGAUGUUUGUUGACAAAUUUAAACUUUCGUGAGACAUACUAACAUUAAAAUUAGUGUUAGUGCUUGAGAAAGGAGACCUAAACUCUCCGAAACAUGUCGCGCGAGUGACUAAAAAUACGUGAGUGUAAUCCGUAGAAUUAUUUUAAUGUUUGUUGUCGUCUAGUACCUGCUAUACAAAAUGUAUGUAGUAAAAUUUAAGUAUACUGUGGAAUUAUAUACUUAGGCCGAUUUACACGCAAGACUGUCAUAGAUAUUUUGUCAUCUCCCCUAAGUUAUCUAGAGCCAAAUUUACUCCUCAAGAAUUAAUACAAUCCAUAGGUACCUAUUUUGUAAGUAUUCGAUUUUUCAGGUUCAGUGUUUAUUCAUGAGCUCUAAGGUAACUCCGUUUUGAUAUCCUUAUAGUAGACCAUGGAUGCUAUGGACAAGAGCGAUCUUAAAUUAUAUAAAUAUGUAUAACUUAUUCAAAGUACUUAUUAAGUCAAGGAUUACUUUACUCUUUACUUUACGUUACUAUUUUCUAUUCUACUGACAAUAUUUUUAACAAAAAGGGUUCAAAUUGCAUAAGACCGCUGAGUACGCCAGUCGCAGUUUUAUUUCAGACUGUCUUAAAUUGCCAGCAGCGUAAUCGAAUAUUAUGUACCUAGCUAUAAAUAGUAGAAUAUAAUUAUUCUGCCGCAUGUAAACAAAGGAGAACCUUGUUUGUUGUCAAUACGCCUCUACCAUACCAUAAAAACUUAAUAAGAAAUUAACCUUAUAAACAUCAUAAUUUUUAAAUAAGAUUUUGAACUCAUAUCAUAGUAGAUAAUUGUUAAAAUACUGAAAUUGAUGUACUCGUAAUGUUGAUAUUGAUUAAGUAACUACAAAUAUUAAGUAGAUAGAUUUAUUCUAUAUCUUUGUUAUCUGUUAUAAUUAUAAAUAACAUAGUGAACUAGCCUGAAACAAAGUACAAUUCAAUUGUAACGAAUAUCGGUUAAGUUUAUAUUUAAAAUAUUGUACUAGUCAGCGUAGAGAACAAAAUUGGACAGAAAACUUCAUAUUGGAAUAAAUCAUUAGCAAAUCGUAAAUAGAAAUACCUACUUUUUAAAAUAUUUUACAUAGAACCGUUAACCUCGGUUAAUUUUUAGUGCCUAAAAUGUAGGUACCCUACUUACCUAAAAGAUGAUUUUACCUAUUAUGGAUGAAUAUGAAGCUGACGAAUGUUGACUAUACUGAAGUGAAAUUGGCAAAAUCCGAUGUUUAUGUAUGUAUGUAUCCGAUAAUUUUGUACGGAAGUACAAUUCUCUUAAAGUGAUAAAACAAUAAAUUGCACCAUCCUUUUUUGACACGUUCUGCUAAUGAAUUAUUUCCAGAUAAACAUAACUUUUGUAAAAAAAUGUUUAUAAAAUAAAAUCCCAGUUUUUACUUA